UUGACAUGUGGUCGCUCGGUGUGUCCAUGGCUGAGCUGGCUCUGGGAGUCUCCCUGUAUCCAGGAUAUCAUUCAUAUGAUAUAAUGAAGUUCAUUGUGGACACACAGGGUCUGCCCCCAGACCACCUCCUCAGGUUGGGACCAGAAACCAACCACUACUUUAAUAGACGUCGUAUUGAUGGUCAGGACACCUGGACACUGAAGACUCCUGCACUGGUUCAGAUGGAGACGGGGCACAAGUUCCGUGACACCAGAGCAGUGAUGUUAACCUCUCUGGAGGACAUCAUGCAGGUAGGUGCUCCCUAAUGGCCUCUUAGUCAUUUCUUCAACCACCUUC